AUGUCCGCUGCCUCCCUACAUACACGUCCACGUUCUCUCAUCUCCCAACACCAUUGGCGUCCUCCCCCAGAUGUUCUACAGCAUAUGACGGAGGAGAGCGUGCGGCAUGUCCAGUCAAAGAUCCCUCCUUCCUCCACGUUGGCCAACACCUGCCCGUACAGCUGCUCAGCUGCUUUGCCUGGGGUUCCAACUCACUGCUCCCGCCGCGAACAUGCAAAGUACACAGGCGGCCAUCUUGAGAGAAAGUUGUCGGGGAUGCACCUUCCACCGCUGUAG